UCUGACAAAAGUAUUAAAAAAUUAUCAGACAAUCCAAAAGUGAUUUUUGUGGCUAAACUAAUAGCUCAUCAAUAUAUGACUUUAGAAACAAAUGGUCAUGUAUUCACUGAAAAUGACCGUAGAGGUGAAAACCAUGAUCUUGGUGCAGUAAUUUAUUUGUUUUGCAGUCUUUUUAAUCAUAGUUGUAAUCCAAAUGUUACUAGGAUUCCUGUAAUGGAGAAUGGCAACAAGCCUCAACAAAUGAUUUUAGCUGUUCACCCAAUAGAAAAAGGAUCUCAGAUUUUUGACGAUUAUGGGUUUGGUUAUGGUUCUGAAUCUCUAUCUAGAAGAAAAGAUCUUUGUCGCCAUUACAAAUUUCUUUGUAAGUGCAAAGCUUGUGAGAAUGAUUGGCCUUUACAUCAAAAUUUGAAGUCCAAUUUUUAAUUACAAAAUCUAGAAAAAGUCAAGCGAAAUUGAAGAAAUGGAUUGAGAAAUAUUUUCUUUACAAAAAAACUGUAAUGAGUGCUGAUUUUCAGUUUUUAGAUUCUGAAAGUCAAUCGAUUUUAUCAAGCUUAGCUAAAGUAGUCACAGAAUUAUUUAAUUAUAGUUCACAACCAAAUGAAGAACUUUAUGAUUCACUAAUGAU